UACUGUUUUCUCAAAAUCAUUGCGAAGGACGUACGGCACACAACGGCAAUCUCAGGCUCAACUUCAUCAUUAAUGGUUGCCCAUUGAGCACGAGAUGCGAACUUCGUAAUACGAAGAGACUGAUCGUAUCUCUCGCACCACCCGGUCGAUGUGCUCUCCAGCAUAUGCUCCCUGGGUACUCGGACCGGCGCCCUUCUCGGCCAGAGGUACCCGUCUUCGUCAAGUCUUCGCACAGUCACGAAAAGAAGCUCUUCCUCGCGAUGCUCAAAAGCGGCGAGCGCUGCCAUCCCCCAUUUCCUCGACCCUCGCCAUCAUGAACUUCAAGCGCGGGUUUCUCAAAUCGGGUGGCGCGGACCUCUCUGGAUCGCCCGAUGACCCUGACAUCGGGCCAGUGGUGUCGACAGCCUCAAGCGAUCCCGUCAUUCCUAACAGGGGGAAGAUUGCUGACGAGCUUGUUUCGGAUGCGCCUGCCUUCCCUCCGGAGCGGCGCGCUCGGGCCCAGGGCAAGAACAUCCCUUUGCCUACCUUCGAUAUCGUCUACACAUCCUUUCCCGCUCGCAAGCCCACUCCCUCGCAUGCCGAAGAGCUCGACGGUUGGUGCGAAGCUAUAGUCGACUCGGCGACUGAGCGAUCCAUCCACGCGACCUUAUCCGCGCGGCCCUCCAUCGUACUUCCUCGAAACGAGACGCCCGCGUACCGCAUCGCGCCGGCCGAGGGAAAGGGCCUCGGAAUGUUUGCUGCGCGAGACCUUCAAACCGGAGAUCUUAUCCUCGCCGAGAGGCCUCUGAUCAUGGCACCCGUCAGGCUUCCGCCAAGUCCUGAGGACUUCCCCAAUGGGAUGCCGCCCUCGGUGACCAAGAGGGAGCUCUCGCAGGCGCAAUUCAAGUCCCUGGAGCGCUAUCUGAAGACGCUCUUGGAGAGAAUGCCUCCCGAGCGGAGCUCGGCGUACAGGGCGCUGAAGAAUAUACACGAAGGCGAUGGAAGUGGCCCUUUGGUCGGGCGCUUCAGGACCAAUGGCUUAGCCGUGUCGGAAAAGUACGCAUACAGGGGCAUGCCUAAUUUUCCCGGCGAUUUAUUCUCUGUUGUUAUGGACGAAAUCUCGCGCGUGAAUCACAGCUGCCGCCCUAAUGCGUAUUGGCACUUUGACACCGACCUUUUUGCCAUGUUCCUUCGCCCCGUGCGGCCUAUCAAAGCAGGAGAAGAGAUUUACAUCUCGUACGCAGGCUUGGGUACGCUGUACGAGGAGCGCAAGUCUGUGCUCGCCUCCUACGGAUUCAAAUGCACCUGCAAGUCGUGCUUGGACCCCGUCGCAUCCGACGCACGGCUCCUGGAAAUCGAUGCCUUUAGCCGUGUUCAGGACCCUCUCGCUGGUGAUCCUUCCACGGCGCUCAAGACGACGCUUGGGCGCAUUGCCCUCAUGCGCAAGGAGGGAGCGGAGGGGUUGCGAUACUACUACAUCCUUUAUGUUGCGUUGGAGAUGCUGUUCCGUCUCACGGGGAAUGACGCUAGGGCGGACGGUGUGAGGAAGGAGAUCGUCCAAAUUUCAUGGGCUUUGUUCAACAAGCCCAGACCCAAUUGACGUCCUCUUUCCCUCAUCCCUUUCGACCUUGUCAUCGUCGCAUGGAACACAGAGUUGCGGUGGCUGCCGACCGCGUGGGGAUGCUCGUGAGCGGGAGGCGUGCCGCGAAGUGGUUCUCCGCUGAGAAGGAGCUCAGUGCGCCUCGAAUUCGAGGCGGGCUGUUCCCAAGUAGCCGUGAAUUCACGGCUACGCUUCUAAGCGGUGGACCCUCGUGCAACCUCCGGGCCCCUGCUCGAUGCGUCUUAGACGUCGAGAAGGGCUGAUGGGGUUUGCGAGAUAGAAAGGUGUCGUAUAUUCCCGACGGCGGUCGCGUCGCGCCGCCGUCGCCACGUGCGUAUGUA